AUGAAUGAUUCGGUCUGUGAGGAGUGCAAGUUGAAACCUUGGAAGUACAAAUGUCCCGGCUGUUCAAUUCGAUCGUGUGGACUUCCUUGUGUGAAAGCCCACAAGGAGCGAACAGGUUGUACCGGAAAAAGGAAGGCCACCGACUUCGUUCCCCUCUCGCAGUUCGACGAUAAUCUCAUUCUCUCUGACUACAAAAUGCUUGAGGAGACAAAAAGAGUGGCCGAGUCUGCUCAGAGGACGAGAGAUGAGUUAUGCAAAGAUCACUUAUUCAAAAACCCUUAUUUUAAGUUACCUUUUCAUCUUCGGCGCCUUCGAGAUGAGGCUGCUGCCCGCAGAACAGAGCUAUUGUUUCUCCCCAGUGGUAUGUUGAAGAGGGAAAAGAAUCAGAGUCGAUAUGAUAAAGGGAUAAAGUGCAUCUCGUGGACAAUUGAGUGGCGGUUCCACUCUACCGAUGUCGUUCUUGUUGACCAUGGAGUUGGGGAAGAUACAAGCCUUUGCUCCGUGAUAGAGAAUCAUCUUAAGCCCGGCCCUUGGAUUCACAAGCUCAAGCCUUUUUGUGAUGUGGAUCUUAAUUCUCUCAAACUUUUUGUUCGACAAAGACCAAAGGGUGCAAAGUCUGCUUUCAAGGAGCUGGACAUCAAAGCUCCUUUGAGGCGACAGCUUGCCAAAGUGAUUAUCUUGGAGUAUCCGGUGAUCCAUGUAUAUCUACCUUCACAGAGCUAUGACUUUGAAGUUAUCCGAGACUUCGACCAUGUAAACACCCCCACACCUAAUCCUAAUGCUCCCUUGUACGAUGGUCACGGGAGUACACAAGGCAUAAGCUUUGGAGAAGAGGAGGUCGAAGAAGACGACAUGGACUCCUUCGAGCCAAAAGUUCUUGAUUACCUCAAACAUAUGAACGAGGUUGAGGGCGGCAAUUCAAAUCCUCAGGGUGAAGAAGGGGACGGUAACAUGGAGCUGGAGUUCGAGCAAGGGUUGAUAGACACAUACGCGGAGCUUUUCGCGGAGAUGAACCCAGGUGAUUAUUUCAACUUUGAAUGUGAAUUUGCAAAAGGAUUUGAUUCAGAUGAUAACUGCAAUCUCCAAAAUCUAGCUACUGAUUUCGACGCGGAUGGACUGGAAGAAGGGGAAAUCGUUGAAUGA